AUGGCCUCGGUCUUAGAUUACAUGGUGUACUUCCUCGGCCGGUUAUUCUACCCAAUCAGAGGUCAUGAUUCCCGACAAUUUAUCUACUGCCAUGCGUUCAAGGACCUCCCCAAGCCGAAUAUGACUCUCGAAUGUGAAGAGUGUGGUCCAUCUGGCUCGAAGUUACUUCUCCACCACACCAGCCUUUCUGAAGAUGGAAUCGGCAUCAUCCCCGAAUUGACAUGGACACCUCCACAAGCGACUGAGCCCGUCAAGGAAUACGUUCUGAUCUGCGAGGAUAUCGAUCUUCCAAUUCCGUUCCUGGUCGUUCAUCAUGGCCUUUUCUGGGGCAUUGAUGCCAAACAUACCCAUGUUUCCUCUUUGCAAACCUCGGUAGCCAAGAACAACCCCGGCUGGAAGACCAGAUCCGCAUGGAAUUAUGUUCCUAAUCUUCGAGGCGCUUCUUAUAUUGGUGCCAGCCCUGUACUUGGACAUGGAACUCACCGAUAUGUCUUCACUAUCAUCGCUCUGAAGGAAUCUCUCAACUUUGCUCAUCCUGAGAAAGUCACCAAGUCGGACAUCAAAAAGGCUAUUGCGGGCAAGAUUGUUGGCUGGGCUCAAUGGACUGGAGAGUUUGAAAAGCCUUGGCCUGUUUGA